AACAUCAUUUAGACCACUCUUAACAUGUCCAACUAUUCUUCUCUCUUUAUAAAUUCUUCUUCCUUUAAUUAUUCCUUACCUCCCUCUUCCUCGUGUUUUCAUAAAGUUUCUUGCUUUUCUACUUCAAGAACAUACCCCAUUACUUUAAUUUACAAAAAGAUCAAUUUUUUACAGUGUAAAAAGAGUUUUAAGAAAAGACCCUUAAAGAAAAGAUCCUUAAUUGCUGCAAAAGCUAGUAAUAAGAUGACAAUUACUGAGUACAGAGAUGAAGAUGAAGAGAAUCCUCCUCCUUUGCUUUUAUCUGAAAUGAGUUCAAGGCCUAGGCGUAUUGCUCUCUUUAUUGAGCCUUCUCCUUUUGCGUAUGUUUCUGGAUAUAAGAACAGGUUCCAGAAUUUUAUAAAGUAUCUCCGCGAACUGGGGGAUGAGGUUAUGGUUGUGACGACGCAUGAAGGAGUACCCCAAGAAUUUUAUGGGGCAAAGUUGAUAGGAUCACAGAGUUUUCCCUGCCCCUGCUACCGGAAAGUACCCCUCUCACUUGCUCUCAGCCCUAGAAUAAUCUCCGAGGUAGUACAGUUCAAGCCUGAUAUCAUACAUGCAUCAUCUCCGGGUAUAAUGGUAUUUGGUGCUCUUAUCAUUGCGAAACUUCUAUCUGUGCCGAUUGUAAUGUCUUACCACACGCAUGUGCCAGUGUACAUACCCAGAUACACCUUUAGUUGGCUGGUUCAACCAAUGUGGAUGGUUAUAAAGUUUCUACAUGGAGCUGCUGAUCUUACGCUGGUUCCAUCUGCUGCUAUUGCAAAGGAUCUGGAAGCUUAUAAGGUAACAAAAGCUAACAGAAUACGGUUGUGGAAUAAGGGUGUUGAUUCCGAGAGCUUCCACCCCCGUUAUCGGUCUCAUGAAAUGCGACUAAGAUUAAGUAAUGGAGAAUCCGAUAAACCUUUGAUAGUCCAUGUUGGACGACUUGGAGUUGAGAAGAGUUUGGAUUUCCUCAAAAGGGUCAUGGAUAGACUUCCAGAUGUUCGCAUAGCUUUUAUUGGAGAUGGGCCAUACAGGGAGGAAUUGGAGAAAAUGUUCCAUGGCAUGCCUGCCGUGUUCACAGGCAUGUUAUUAGGGGAGGAGCUUUCCCAAGCAUAUGCCAGUGGAGAUGUUUUUCUUAUGCCUUCAGAGUCAGAGACACUGGGGCUCGUCGUUUUGGAGGCCAUGUCAUCAGGGCUUCCUGUAGUAGCUGCCUGUGCCGGUGGAGUUCCAGAUAUCAUCCCUGAUGAUCAGCAGGGCAAGAUUGGAUAUCUGUUUAAUCCUGGGGACCUUGACGACUGCCUGAGUAAACUAGUGCCUCUGUUGCGCGAUGCUGAAUUGAGAGAAACUAUGGGGAAAACUGCACGCAUAGAGAUGGAGAAAUAUGACUGGAAAGCUGCAACAAGAACAAUUCGUAACGAACAGUACAGUGCAGCCAUUUGGUUCUGGAAGAAGCAGAGAGCAGUAUUCCUGAGACCAUUCCAAUGGAUGUUUAGGUGUAUAUUCGCAGUUCCAGAUGUCGACUAUAGGUGAUCGAUCCGUUUCUCGUAUUUUAUUGUCUAAAAGGAUAGAGUUUUUUUAAUGGUUUGCAAGUUGUAUCCUUCGUAGCUUGUGUUUGUAGAAUAUAGACCUGAAAAUGUAUUAUGCUGUCAUUGUUUGUACAAUGUAGAUCUCAAAGACCUGGUCUGUUGUGCUGUUAUGUAUUAAAUUGGACCUAUGUACAUGUAAGUUUUAGUUUCAUAAAGAUUUGAAUUUAGUAGAUACAUGGAAUUUCAUACGA